AUGGCGAACGAUAAUUACAAGGUGGUGUUGAAGAGUCGGUUCGCUGGCAAGAUCCCAGUGACGGUGUACCGGUCCGAGCGCACAGGACUUCAUAUUGCUCUGGCGCAGACCAAGGGUCCGGCAGUCUCGUGUCAGAUCAAUUUCGGUGAGUGGCUUUUGGAUUUUUUUUGCUCUGAAGUUUAGGUAUGAUGUCAAAAAGCUCUUGGGGUCUUCCUUUGUUAUUUUCGAAGCACACGACACUGUGAUUCAUUUCUUUUUUGUUAUAUUAAAGUUGGGGAUGAAUAAUAUCCGAAAUUGUGGUCAUUCUUUCUGAUAAUGUAUUUUUACUGGUCAAUUCUGGAUGGACGAGUGGUAGUAUGAAGUUGUUCAGCUAGAAAGCUUCUUUUUUGGUCUGUAGUUCCUUUAUUUUUGAAAUUAUCACCACUUUAUUUUACACUUGAUCCAUCAAAAAAGUUUAAUUCUAGCGACCGAAACCGAGACCGAUGAUGGGUUGCCGCAUACUCUGGAACAUUUAGUCUUCAUGGGGAGUAAAAGUUUUCCGUUCAAGGGCGGGUUAGAUCUUCUAUCAUUGAAUGCGAUGGCCGUCGACGGAACCAACGCCUUUACUGCACAAGUAAGCCAAAAAUUCAAUUUUCCUCUCUAAAACUCCUUAAAAUUCCCUGCUAUUUUUGUCCCUGUAUCUUCAGGACCACACUGGCUACACUGUGAAGACUAUGGGAGCACAAGGAAUGCAACAAUUUGUUCACAUUUAUUGCGAUCAUCUCCUCAACCCCUUGCUGACCCCUCAAAACUACAAAACCGAGGUUUAUCAUAUAACCCCGGAGGGUAUUGAUGCCGGAGUGGUCUAUUCGGAGAUGCAGGAGCAUGAGAACAUGCUGGAAUGUAUUGUUCAUCGGCAAAGAUUGGCCGCAAUUUUUCCGGAGAAUCCUUGUUUUAGGGUCGAGACUGGUGGAAGAUUGAAGGUAAAUUUUGAUUUUUUUGAUUCUGUUCUCACUUUUAGGCAACGAACUGAUGUUUGAUGUAAAUUACAGGAGAUUCGCGAACUUUGUUCGUUGGAAAGAGUCCGAAAUUACCAUCAACGCUACUACCAUCUCAAAAAUAUGUGGAUCUACCUGUGCGGAGCCGUGAAUCCGGAAGAAAUGUUCAAAACGAUCGACAAAAUCGAUGCGGCACCCGAAAACGCCCCUCCCGCCGAAUUCACAAGACCAUUCUCGAACUGCAGGAUCCCGGACAUCAAGCACGAUCGGUCCAAGCCGUUCGUUGUGAAGGGUCCGGCCGACCAGGAGGACGAAGGAGUGGUGGAAAUCGGAUUCCUCGGCCGUUCCGCCAGCGACUCCGAAUGGCUGACGGCUGUGGAGAUUCUGGGCUCCUACCUAACGAAGACAACUUCCGCUCCGCUGCAAAAGGAGAUGGUUUUGGCGGCGGAUCCGUACUGCGAAUCGGUUUAUAUGGGCAUGGAUGUGCUGCCGAGGGUCGAAGUGUCCUUCGAUUUUAGUGGUGUUCCGGUCGAAAAAUUGGACCAAAUCCAGGAAAGGUGGGUGCUUUUGGGAAGCUCAGGGAAUGAGAGAUGUUUGAAAGGGAAAUUUGAGAAAUUUGGAAGACCCCCUGAGGGCAAAAAAGCAUUUUUUUUCGGGGAAAAUCGGGGAAAAUUUGAUGAUUUUUGGGAAAUUUUUGGUUUUGAUGAUUUUAGCCUUUUUAUUUAUGAACAAUUCUUAUAUAAUAUUAAGUUAUUUUUUACUGUAGAAUAUAUUGCCUUUCAUUUCAAUAUCAAUCUUACUGUAAUUCAUUCGAAUUUUACAAUUGUUUACUAAAUUUUGAAAAUUCAAGAAAACUUGUUGAUUCUCAGUUUUAUCUUUUGGUAUUUCAGAUUCUUCAAGAUCAUCAGAGAACACACAACGGCUGAUAAGCUCGAUCUGGAAAGGUUACGAUACAUCAUUGAGAGGAAGAUCAAAAAAUUGUACUCUAAAGUAAGAUUUUUGAUGUUUUCUGCUUGGUUUUUAGGUUUAUUGGACAUGAAAUGGAAGUUAAUAAGUGAAAAAAGGUCUGAAGGGCCCUGUUGAGUUUGUUUCGACUUGUAAAUUACAUGUAUUCGCCAUGAAAUUUUCAUUUCCAACAUCAGAUGACAUGGAUAAUAUAAUUUGCUUCAAUUUUAUGCAUUUUCAGUUGGAAAGCAGCGUCGCCAGCACUGUCUUUGAUCGCCUGGCCCAGUUCCAACUCUACGCCGAUUCACACACCAAUCAGAAGCACUUUGACAGUGUUAUGAAUCCAAUUCCGACACUGGAAAAGCUCCUCGAAAAGCCGAUCGAGUUUUGGGCUGAGAUUUGCCAAGAACUUUUCAAAGACAACUGCGCUGUGGUCAUUGGAAAGGCGGAUCCGAAAAUGGCCGAAGAUCUGAACAAAGCCGAAGAGAAACGGUUGAAGGAAUUGGCCGAAAAUUUGGAUAAAUAUGGAUGUCAUGUUUUGGAAAAAGAUGCUGAAGAGGAGGUAAGGUGGGAGUAGAAGAGAAGUUUAUUGAUACAGAAUGAUGUCUAAGGGUCUGAUAUUUGUUUUUAACCUUGUAUUGAGGCCAUUGGUUGUUUUAGAAAAAAACUGCAGGCAUUUUUUUGACCUACACCUUACCUUUAGAAGGUAUAAAAUAAUAUGAACAUUUGAUGGGAUAAGAGAGGUGGAUAAAGGUGAUUGUUUGUCUAUAGGUUUUUUGAGGUCUUAAUUGUACAGCUUUAAAAUUAUUUUGGAUUUAAUUGAAGCACUUGGUCAGGGGAGACCAGCAAAAAUUUCGGCAUGGAUAAUAUGGUUUUUUAGGAAAAUUGUAAUUUUAAGGUGUGGGUUAGCCAAAGGAUCGCUGAAAAUGAUUUGUGGUAGCUUAUUAGGGCCUGUUCUACCAAAAUAUUGUCUUAUCCCCCGGUUAUGUUGUCUUAUUUCAUCUCUAGACAAGGUCUUCUCAAUCUAAACCACCUGUCUCUCCUCAUGUCUCCAAGUCCUCGAAUCGUCGGCUUAGCCCAGCAGAACGUCAGAAACCACGUCGAAAGUCAUUUCAGAACAAAGUACCGAUCCUGAGCGCUGUAGAACGAUCAAAAACCCUUCAAAAAUUCGACUUGUUCAAUGUAAACUCGACCGUUUUGCUGCCACGAACGAUUGAGAGCAGUAAAGUGGAGAAGGAUUGGACUAAACAGGCCAACGAGAAGGUAGCCAUCAAUGAACUACCCUUCACCGCCGUCAUCCAUGAUGUGGACUCCAAUUUUGUCAGGGUGAGUAUAUUGUAGUAGGUAUUUUUGGUUAAUCCGAGUCGAAAUUGGUGAUUUUUGAAAAAUUUUUGGGGUUUAAAAGAUGGAUAUUGAAUGUAAAAAUGAUUUGUGAUAGUUUUAGACUCUGUUCAUGUUCGAUUUGAAACACGUUCCACUCAAAUUGAGGAAGUAUUUGAUGGUUUUCACGGACCUGUUAUUCAGUUCCCCCGCCAUAGUUGAUGGACAACAACUAACGGACAAACAAGUAGCCGACUUGUUCACCAAAGAAGUCAUGGACAAGAGCUGCGACAUGGGCUUCCUCCAGAAUUAUCUGCAUUUCUUCCACCUGUACUUGGAGGUAAAGUAAUAUAAAUUUUUGAUGGUUUUAACGGAAAAGAGGGUAAAAUACGCUGUGUAAAAUUUUACAUUUUUCAUGUUAUGAAGAUUGGAACAUGAAUUUUUUGGAAUAAUGGGAAAAUAUGUCAUCAUGACGGAUUUUUUGGAAAUUUCGAAAUUUGUAAAAUACGAAUGAAUGAUGGUAUGCGUCUGUGUUUUAGUAAAUUUGAGAUCAUUUUAAUGAAGAUACGACCCCAAUUUUUCCGUAUUUUAGAUGCCAUCCGACGAGUUCCACCUCCUCCCCAAAUGGACCGAAAUCAUCCUGAAUAACACGAUUUUCGAGCGCAAAAAGGUCCUCUCGAUCGUCAAAAACCUGGCCUCGGGCGCCUCCAGCUCCAAACGAGACGGCUUCACCAUGUGCCAGAACAUUAUGCACAGCCUGAACAACGUCAAAGAACACGAAAGCCGCUGGCACGAAGACGUGGUCCUCGAGAAAUUUCAUCGUGACUUGGCCAAGACAUUGGAAAAGAACACCCCAGAAGCACAGUCAGUCAUCGACGACCUGAACGAGCUGAGAAGGGAGAUCUUGAAGGCUCCGUUGAAUGCCCAUUUGAUCUGUGACCCGCGCAAGUUGGACGCGAAAAAGAAGAUCGAUUCCAAGAGCUGGGAGUUCUUGGAUCCAACUCUGCGAAAAGAAAGCCCAGCAGCGAAAAUUCAGGCGAGUUUUGGGGAAUUUGGAAGGAAAUUGAAGGAGUUAGAGAGGAAAACGUGAAAAAUGCAUAAAAUUUAACGUUUUUUGCUAUAAAGGUGGAUUUUGCUGGGAUUUUGGUCGAAAACGGGAGCUUUCAGAAUUCUAGAUUGUUGACGGACCAAUUCUGUAAGGGUUGGAAUUUUUUUAGACCUAAUUUGAAGCAUUUAGAGACCGAAACGUAAAGAAUGCAUAAAAUUUGACGUUUUUUUCGAAAAAUGGGCAAUUUUGCACGUGAAAUUUUAGAAGUUUGAUUCUCAGAAAUUCUAGCAAGCCUAAUUAAGCCGAUUUUGAGCGCAAGGAAGAUUAAAAAUUUUAAUUUUUGCUUAAUUUUUGGGUUUCGAGCCCAAUAUCAGAUGUGUAAGAUAAAAAAUUUUCAGUUCGACCGAGAAGAAGACGUGGCCCGCUUCAAAAUCUGGACCCCAGCCCAGCAAGUCAUCAAAGUGGACUCGUCGGACUCAAGCUACUUUAUGCAACGAGUUCUUUGCGAACAUAACUACGGCUCCGCCGAACAUGUGGCCCUUGUUCUGUGGUCCAACUACCUCUCCAUGAUGGAGGGAGUGCUGUGGAAAGAGGUCAGAGGAAACGGAUUCGCAUACGGCGCCAAUCUCUACAUCUCCCCCGACCACCAGUCCAUGACCCUGAACCUGUAUCGCUGCUCCAGAAUCGUGGAAGCGUACGAAGCCUCGAAAGCGGCGGUCCUCAAAGUUUUUGACGAAAAUCUCAUCGACUCCGAGCUCUACGAGAGCGCGAAACGCGGAUGUGUAUCCAACAUCAUGUCCAAAUACGAGUCCCUAAAGUCGACAGCCACUUUGACCGCCUUUAAUGACAUGAGAGGACUCAAAAUGGAGGACAUUGAGUAAGAAGCCGAUUUUUUCGAAAGUUUUGAUGUGAAAAGUCGAAAAUUUCGAUUGAUCUGAGUGUUGCAGUGACGGACCUGACCCAGUGACAAAAAACGUACCAUUUUACAUCCGGGAAGUAUCAAAAAUGUGGCAAAAUGCUUCCCUGUCCAAGUGAAAAAAAAAACUUUGUUUUUAAGGGUCCCUCACAAAAAGAGCGGACGCGCUUUUGAAAUCGAAGUUUUUUCACUUGGAGAGAGAAGCAUUUUGCCACAUUUUUGACACUUCUCGGAUGCAAAAUGGCACGUUUUUUGCCACUGGAUCAGGUCCCCCACCGUAACACUCAGAUCAAUCGAAAUUUUCGACUUUUCGCAUCAACACUUUCAAAAAACUGUAGAAGGAAGUAAAACACCCCUUAUGUUUUCAGAUCCCUCACUCACAAGGUCUGGGACGCCGACAUGAACGCCUCGUUCGAGCUGGCCAAACCGUUUAUCCGCAAACUUUUUGACGACUCCCACUGUCUCCGAGCCAUCGCUUGCCCAUCCAACAAACUCGAGGAGGUCAAGAAUGUCUUCCCCGACAUCAAAACGAUCACUGUAACCGACUUGCAGUACACUCCAGAAUAG